AGCUGCUGGCUGACCAGCUAGGCCGGAAUCACUUAAGACGCGUUCCUUGUAAUAUAACCACCGCUACACGCGCCUUCCCCCCACCCUCCUCGGCCCCCAAUCCCCGCAUCUUCUCACAUGCACACGUGCCCCUAUUCAGGUACACAUAUGACCACACCAGUGGCAUCUCAGUCAAUACGAACUCUAUGGACACCAGACAGUGCAUUCUUGGACUUAUGAGUACACGUGUGUGUGUGAGAGUGUGUGUAUGUGUGAUAAUAAAUAACAACAACUACAUCACUUAAAGAUCAAAUAAACUAAUAAAUAUAUUAGACAUUUACAAUCCAAGUGAUACUAUUACGUUCAAUUAACUAAUCAAUUAACAAACCUUCGAUCAUACUCAAGAAUUACUUACUUACCUCGUGCUUAAUUAAAAGAUUGACGAAUGACGCCCUAACGGAGCACCGGCUGGUACGCGGGUACCGGGUCAAAAGAGAAACCAGCACUUUCCUCAUCACUCCAUCACACAACCAUAAAUAAAAUUAAAGCAACGAAAAUCGAGACGAGGGAGCAAGGGGCAUUUAGCCCUUUGGUGUACUCUAAGGAUGCAGCUCCCAAGCGGGAGCACGAGAAGUCCUCCAGCGCGAGCUCCAUAUCCAGCGACAACAUUCGGCAUCAUAGACGGUCAUAAGAUCAGUAUUAAACAUCAAUUACAGGGCGUGAAGAGUAACUCAAGCUCGAGUUGUCGGGAAAGAAGCAAGAACAAUAGCAACGGGAGCGACAACGGUCCCGACAACGACCUUAUACAUUUAAAUAAUAACAAACGUAAUUUAAGAAAGCAUUAUCCACUCAGAAUCUGUGAUCGACAGCCAUCGGCGUCGACUCUAAGGUGGACAGAACGAGCCGGAGAAUAGUCAGUAGAAGGCAAGUUUAAAAAGAGGGGUCAUUAAAAAACCAGUGGUGAGUUAAUCAGAGGAGGUGGCACAUACAAUAAUACAAUACAACCAGGUGGAAGGCUAUAAUAAUGGAAUAAAAGUAAUAUCCAACAUAUUAAACAAAUAGUGUGUAAAAAAAAGUGUCAACUUAAAAAGAAAAUCAAAGAACAGUUGCAAUACAUAACAAUUAUAGCGGUGGGCUCAGUAGAAUCAAGGAAACUGUCAAUAUUAUAAAUUUUAUUUUCGUUGUGUUGUGGAUAGCGACAAGCAAACAAAAUUUAGUUACGAGACUUUAAAACAAAAUUAUUGAGAACGAAAAAAAUAAGUUGAUAACUAAGCAAGCAGAGAAGUAGAAGGAAUAGAAGGCGCGACAUUGAGGAGGGAAAAGGCAUCGUGCACUGGAAAGAGGGGAGAGCGGCUGUUAGAAGGAGUGUGGCAGUCGAAGUGGAAGGGAUCGCAUUGGGGUAUAGACAGAGUGUACAGAGCCACGAGGCAAACUAUUCGAGUGAGAAGGGGUGGGGUGACAAGGAGCCCUGGCGGGGAGGGGUCGUGGAGGCCUUCGGGGGGCCGACCAACCAGACGGCCGAUGAUGUCAUCGGAGGAGGAGACCGACUGUUUCGCCCUCUACGGAGCAACUGCGGAUAGUAAGCAACAGCAACUCUUGAAGAAGCAAAAGCGAACCAGACAGCGCGUGGACGCCGGCGAGCCGCGCAACAGCUACUCGAGCAUUCCAAACUUUAGUUCGCGGCCAUCCUUUCUUGGUGGUGGGAUUUACGGUGCGAUAUUUAGUGGAAGUGGGCCACCACCAAGUCAUCAACAACAGCAACAACAACAACAACAAAUACAACAGCAAUCUGGAGCAGUUGGUACGCAAGGUCAUCUCGUUACGACAACGGGGCCAACUACUCAGCAUUCAGCCCACGCGGCUUUUGGAUUUUUCGGGGCUCCAGGCUUUGGCCCUGCCAAGAUGCUUAACGAGCUUCUUGGACGACAAGUGAAGCAAGCCAGUGAUGCUGGCGGAUCACCACCUGAGGGCAGCCAUGGAAUGACUGGAGCUGGGAUGGACCAAACUGCAAAUUUGCAACCCGGUGCUGUCGUCAAUUGUGAUGAUCCCACGACUGCAGCUGAACUCACGCAACACAUGUUACGUGACAUAUUACAAGGACGCAAACUCUCUGCCCUUAAUGUACAAGAGCAGCCUAAUAAUAACAAUAGUAUACACAGUAACAAUAAUAAUAAUAAUAACAAUAAUACAACUACGGAACUACUAAAAUCUCAACAGCAUCAACAGCAAAGCCCGCAACAACAUCAAAAUAGUGAUAGUGUACGGACGAUAAGUGGGGCAGUGCAGAGUGGAGGGGAAGAAAGUGUUGACGGGAAUAACAUAAAUACAAACCAUAGUGACCGAGAUACGAUUAUGCCAGGAGAUGCGGAAGAUAGUGCUGAAGAUGCUGCUUCUGCUGCACGUGCUAUGGAAGAAGCCUUUGCAGAGGCUGGUAUGGAGCCAGGUGCCAAUCUCGAUGGAUCGGAUUGUGAACAAAGUUUACCUCCAAGUCCGACAGUAACGCGUCCUGGCUCGGUAUUAAUCAAAGAAGAAAUUUCAGACUCAAUAAGUUUAAGGAGAAGUCGGUCUGCGAGCCAUUCUCCAUGUCCGAUUGUACCCAAGUCUGAAGUGAGUUCACCAUCCACUGAAAUAAAACGUGCGCGUGUUGAAAAUAUAGUUAGUACAAUGCGAAGUAGCCCAGCACUUCAACCAGUAAAUGGUUGUAAAAAGAGAAAACUUUACCAACCACAACAACAAACGGUUCAUCAUGUCUUACAUCAUAGUGUUAAUGAUACCAUGAUUGAUGUGGACGAUGAAGACAGUGAGGAAGAAGAAGAUCCUUCGACAAUAAAACAGAAACGUGAGGAGAAGGAUCAUUUAAAAAUUCAGUUAAAACUUCUGCAUGAACAGUUAGAGGUUAUGCAGCGAAAGUACAACGAGCUAUCGAGUCGGAUGGAGCCUGAGAGUAGUGAAAAUGGUGAACCACCAGCGAGUCCACAGAAUCCACCACAGCAACCACCCCCACGGCCGCAAAGACCUCAUCCACCACCUUUCAACGGUCUCUCAACACUGCCACCUGAUCAUCCACACGCUACUGCGGCUGCCAUGUAUCACAUGGGCCAAAAACUUUAUUUUGAGCAACAACAUGCUGCUUUAGAGAGGAUGAAACAACACCAAGAAGUUGCUGCGAGACAGCAGCAACAGGCACAGAGAGAACGUGAACAACAACGUGAUCAACAUCAACAACAACAAACGCCACCACCGCCUAGUCAAGGCCGGGAACAGAGUCAGAGAAAUACGGGACCAUCAACACCGCAAACAUCUCAAAUGCAAGCUCCUGCUACGCCUCAUCAGCACAAGGAUUAUCCAGAAAGACUGAAUGUGUUCCGAAAUAACGCACACUUAACAAGCACUACUGGAGCUCACGUCACGGACACUGACCUUGAAGGCCUUGCGGACUUAUUAAAAACCGAAAUGUCCUCAACUUUGGGUAAUGUUGUGGAUGCAGUACUAACUAAAUUCAUACAACAGAGAAGGUUUCUCGGCAAAUCAAUCGAAGCUGCCCAAGUUGCAGCUGAACAACUCAGUAAAGAUUUACUGCAUGGGAGCCAACUUCUGGACCGAAAGUCUUCGCCGAGAACCAAAGUUGUAGACAGAGGAGCAUCUCAGAUACCUAGUGGCCCAAACGGACCACGGGGGCCGCUAAAUGGUGGCCCCCCAAUUUCACAACCCGCAGCUUUUCCACAAAUCGGUGCCAUGAGUGGACCACAUUGUCCACUGUCCGGCCCAACGGAAAACAAUCUUAAUCAAAUCAAUCAAUUACCUCCUCUCGCGAGACCAAACGCUCCAAUAUUUCAAACACCGAAACCACCAACGAUAUAUGCGAUGUCGUCUAUCCAAGUACAACAGCAACAGCAACAACAGCGAGAACAGCAGCAAAGAGAACAGCAGCGUGAGCAAUACUGCAAUCUAAGAAAUGAGGAUAGAGAAGCGAGAGAUAUUGAACAAAAUGAAGCUCUAUCUCUGGUCAUGACGCCAAAGAAGAAAAGGCAUAAGGUUACUGACACGAGAAUCACACCGAGAACAGUUUCGAGAAUAUUGGCCCAAGAAGGCAGUGGGUCUCAAAGUGGCAAUGAAAGUCCGCCACCUUUACCACCACCAACCCGCCACGUAUAUGGACACGCGGCGCCUCCAAUGCUUCCAGUCUCUUUACCGACAAGUGUAGCAAUACCGAAUCCGAGCUUGCAUGAAAGCCAAGUAUUCUCACCUUAUUCGCCAUUUUUCAACCCACACGCGAAUCAUCCUGGUCAAGUGCCACCCCCUGGACCUCAUCAUCUACCAGCGAGUCCACCAGGAGGCGGAGUUGAUCUUAGAGAUUCACCACCACUUCCUCAUCCUCCAGCGAUGCUUCAUCCUGCUCUGCUGGCUGCUGCUCAGCACGGCAGUCCAGACUACGGCCAUUUAAGAAUGGACAGCAAUGACCGGGGCAGUGAUUGCAACUCUGGUGACAUCAGCUACGAUGGAAUUCAGCCUACAUCGUCGACGUUGACGCCGAUGCAUCUGAGGAAAGCCAAGUUGAUGUUUUUCUGGGUGAGAUAUCCGUCCUCGGCUGUCCUCAAAAUGUAUUUCCCGGACAUUAAAUUCAACAAGAACAACACCGCACAACUGGUUAAAUGGUUCUCCAACUUCAGGGAAUUCUACUACAUCCAAAUGGAGAAAUACGCAAGACAAGCAGUAUCAGAAGGUGUGAAGAGUGUUGAAGAUCUCAGGGUUAGCGGCGAUUCUGAGAUUUAUCGAGUUUUAAAUCUCCACUACAACCGCAACAACCACAUAGAGGUAUGGGGUCCUCAGGUACCAGGGAACUUUAGGUACGUGGUUGAACAAACACUGAAAGAGUUUUUCAAAGCAAUUCAAGGUGGCAAGGAUUCCGAGCAGUCGUGGAAAAAAGCUAUCUACAAAGUUAUUUCAAGACUCGACGAUCCCGUACCUGAAUAUUUCAAAAGCCCGAAUUUUCUGGAACAGCUGGAGUGAAGCAGGCCUGCGCUGCGUUGCUCUGAUUGGUAGCCCGGUGACAAACGAAAUCAACUUAGAGCCUCUUCUUAUAAACAGCUUGUCUACUAUUAAGCGUGAGAGGUUUGCCAUCAAAAGUUGGUCGCAGAUGUAUCAGGUAUCCUUAGUAACAUAUCGUAAAAGGAGUAAACAUAAGAGAGAAUUUUAAAAAUACUCAUAAAAGUGAAAAACGCAAGAGGAAAUCCCGGUAAAAGCAGGUCUGCUGGUGUUUAUUGACAACGUCACAAAAACAUUCGCCGAAUGUUGUAGUUGUCAUCAACGGGCAAAUCUAAUCUAUAUAUAUUUAUAUACAUGUCUAUAAAUGUAUAUAUAUAAAUAUAUAUAAAUUUCACGCAAAUCGGAUCAUCUUUAAAUCAAGAUAUUUAUAAGAAGAUCGACAAAUUUAUCUAAAGUGAACGUAUCGAUACCGAUUAAUUGAAGUUUGUCAGGGAAAAAAAAUGUAUAAUUUAUUUGCGUAAGAAAUUUAUUUAUUCACAAGUCAUUCCACUGUCUAGAUUAACUCCGAUAACUUAAACAAUAAACAAUAAUCUCAAUGAUAUCGUAAUUGGAAUGAAUCAGGAUAAAUAAGACCGAUCCGAAACUAAUCUAGUAUUGAAGAAGCAUAAGAAUGAAUGUAAAAAAAGUUGAUACGGUGAAACAGAGCAUCUAUAAUUAAUUUAUUUUUUUGAUAAUUAAUAAUUCAUUGAUUUAAUGCUCUUAUUUUAGUCACGUUUUUUUUUUUGUUAGGUA